AUUUCUUUCUCAGCAGUUAACAUUUUCCUCUCCAUCACAGCAUUUCUUGGGAAUUCCCUCAUUCUUGUUGCCCUUAGCAAGGAAACUUCCCUUCAUCCGCCGUCCAAACUAUUGUAUCGUUGUCUGGCUACAGCUGAUCUGUUGGUUGGUCUUGUUAGCCAGCCUCUCGCUGUUACUUACUGGAUGUCCUUGGUUCACGAACACUGGAGUCUUUGUCGAUACGCAAGGGAUGGAGUCCAGAUAUCAAGCUAUGUAUUGUGUGGGGUGUCUUUGCUGACGUUGACGGCCAUAAGCGUGGAUAGACUUCUCGCGGCUUUGUUGUUGGGAACGAGAUACAGACAAAUAAUAACUUUAAAGCGUACAUAUAUCAUUACAACUACCUUUUGGAUUUUAUCCGUCGCCGCUGGAUCAUUUUCCAUUUUGCAUACUCGAAUAAGCAUUUGGUUUGGUAUUAUACUUAUACCGUCAUACUCAGUGAUCUGCACUGAGCAUGGCAAGAUACAGGAAGGCAGUGACCAGUGCACUUUGGGUGCAGUUAGCGUUAGUUGUUUGUUAUGCACCAAAAUUUAUAAUGUUGAUUGUGAUCACUAACAGAAAAACUUAUUCUUCACAUCUAGUCGUUAUUGGUGGGAUUACAAACAUUUUAACGUAUUUUAACUCCACUUUGAACCCGUUUUUUUACUGCUGGAAAGUCACAGAAGUGAGACAAGCAGUAAAGCAGACAAUCCCACGAGCACUUUACUUUACAUGGACUUAGAUAUGUUUUCUAGGAGUCGUCAGACUUGCAUUAAUCAGGCGUAAUUUGAAGGGAAAGAAAAAAGAAACACGAUUUUUCAGCAUCUAUUGUGUUCUAGAUGCUUUAGUGUUUGCCUAUUUAUGCUGAUUAAAACACAAGUAAAAACACAGUACCAUUGUAUAGUAUUCUAACCCCGUCGGCAAAAAGACAAUUGAAAGGCAGAAUUCACAUCACUUAGAUGCCGAGGUACUAUCUGUUACUUCACUCCGAUAUACUGUAUGGCAGGGCCUCUGCAAGGUCGCUGCUCAUUUUCUUGCCAAAUUUGAACAACAUAACAUGUUAUAAAGCUUGGGUAGUCAGGCUGGUUUCGUAGAAUAUGUUGUCUUUGUGACAACUGUGGUGUGCCGGCAAGGGUCAGCUACGUCAGAACACCAACUUUAGCACUGCUUGACAUUUCUAAGUAAACAUCUCAUACUCUCUAGCACUUUGAAGGAACCUUUCAGUGGCAUUUUGAUGAAAAGUUCUAAACCCAAUUUAGUCAAUUUGAGACUGUGACCGACAGUUUGAUCAGAAGCGUUAAAUUUCCAAGUUGUCGACAGCCGAGCGAUCUUAUAGUAUGCACAAGCUCGAAGAAUUUGUCCACUAAAAAAAACCAAAUACAUUUUUGGAAUCGCUUGACAUUCCUUAACAAAUAUUUGAUAUCCUUGGGAAGUUUGAAAUAACCUUUUGGCGUAAAUUGCGGGAAAAGUUUUGACUGCCAGACAUUUAGUCUAUUUGAGACCAUGCUGGGCUGCCGGAUAUUUAGUCACUGCGUUUUCAAUAACGAAACCAAACGCUUGACAUUGCGUUGUUAAAAUCAUUUAGAUUAAUUGACAAUUGUAUGAUUUGUUCGGGAUUAUGAAGGUUUUCAAUUGAUUUCAGGACUGUUUUUCGUGUGGCAUAAACAUUUUACGGGAGUUUCUGUCUCUACAUGACUGACAGUUUCAUCAAUGAAACAUCAGCGUGAGGGCGGAAGUUACUGAAAGGACAGACAGGAAGAAAAGAAGGAAAUAGAUAAUUUAAUUUCUUAUUAUUUCCUUCUUCCAUCUUCUCUAUAGUUUUACAAAGAGGAGGUACUCAGCUGGUAGGCGAUUAGUCGAUGGAUGUUUUGAGUAAAAAAAAAAAUGUAAUUUUUUUUCCUGAGCUGGAGGUUAUGUUAGCGGUAGCCGAGAGCAACUAUAGCUUUUUGAGUGCUCUCCAAACUUCCCAAGUGCAUCCGUAACUCGAUAUACGCACAGCUAAAAGUAUGAGCAAAUUCUGUCAUAACAGAGCAACAACAAGGAUCUUCCUAAAAAUUUGCGAAACAUGCAACUUCCGAGUUUUUUUUCGGCUUUAUUUUUGUUGCUUAUUGGAUCAGGACCUAAAAGGUCAAUGCCGAUUGAAAAUUGGGAAGUUCUUGGCUGGUUUCUUCCAUAUUUCAAAGAGAAGGAAAACUGCACUUCAGCUUAACAGGACGGAAACUCUGAAACCAGGUAAAAAAAAAUGUGCACGUCAUCUUAUUUACGCACGCCUGUGCGUAAAUAAAGAUUUUGUUCAUAGCGGCACAAUAGGACUUAUCUAGGCAGGGACGCGCGCUAUGUUAUAAAUGUUAUGUUAUACUCGAGGCGUAGCCGAGAGCAACUCUAACCUCUUGAGUGCUUUCCAAACCUCCCAAGUGCUUCAUAUCUCAAUGAACACACAGCUGACGUAUGAAGCAAUUUUUUUCAUAAAAUUUUCAACCCGAUGGUUUAAAUAUUGUAAAAGGGUUAAUAUUCCCUCAGCUACGCUUCAGCGCGUUGAUAAUUUUGUUUGAGGAAAACAUUUCGCUAUGCUGUAAACAAUCUUGUUUCCAUGUUCAGCUUAAAAUGCCGCCGAAGACUUAACCAGUUUCUUAAUGGUAAAAUCCCAAAGUAAAAAAAUCGCGGAGAAAAUUUUUUUCUCGAGGGAUUUGUUUGCUGACGUCAUGAGCGUGCACAAUAGGAAUAUGAAGCACGCUCACGCAAUUGAAUUUGAUUAGACAAAUUUACUAGCUAUGUUAUGAUGAAAAAUCAAUUUUGAAAGAUGGGUUGCUAAAGUCAUUUUCAAUUUUCAGCUAAAAUGAAAUUUUCAUUUUUCAUUUUUCAAAUUCUCAGAAGAAUGAAAUGGAACUCGGGUACACGCAUUAAGCGCUAUUCGUUGCUGAAAUACCAGACUCAGAAUUUAUAUGCUUGGACAUAAAAGUGUACAACAGCGAGAAUUUUAAUAGGGAAUCGACUCUUGACAUCCAAACGUAUUACGAGGAGACGGAGACCUUCGAGUACUUGAAUUUUCAUCCGUGUGAGACAAAAGAAAAAGAUUUCGUGAGAGGAGAAGCACAGUGCCCCCUAGGAAAAGAAUUCUCAUGCUCUACGUUUCAUAAAAAUAUAUAGUCUUUUUAAUUUCCCAUCUUGAAUAUUCCAAUAUUUUGACAUUUAAAUAGGCAUGUCCGCUAUCCAGUAUUUUACUUCAAUAUAUGAAUCAAACUUUUUGAUCCAUUUUGGCAAUUCGUAAAAAAUGCAUCGAUCAAUUUUGGCUUCUCUGCGUUCGCUAGAGAAACUAUAAAUUUGGAAAAUGAAGACAAUGUAGGAAAAGAAUUUAGGAUCAAAACCAGCUGCCAUUCGAAUGAGAUUGAGAGAAAUUGAGGAGGAUGGAAUGAUGAAUAAUUAUUGAAAUGGCGUUCUAAGGGUGUGAUGAUUUAGUUAAGUAGCAUUUUUUACCUUUCAUGGUUCCUUUCAUAAAUUCUGAUCAGAUGCGACAAGAAGAUAAAAUGAUUAGGGGAUGGUUUCAAAUAACGAAACGAAACUUUUAUUAAAAUUUUUUUUUUACAUGUACGUCCAUAGACUAAUUUUCAGCUGUCAGUCAAAUGUGCUCGGAACUAAUUUCAAGACUGUUUCUCGUGUGCCAUGAACAUUUUGCGGGAGUUUUAUUUUUACGGACAGAGACAAUUUGCGCUUAUCAGGCAAAAAAGUAAGGCCGUCUUUAAAUGACUGACAGUUUCAUCAGUGAAAUAUCAGCCUGAGGGCGGAUGUUGUACUGAAAGGACAGAAAGUAAGAAAGGAUGGAAAGAAAUAACUUGAAUUUUUAUUAUUUCCUUUGAUAAUUUGAAGAAUUAUUACAUUUAACUUUUUCUUGGCCAGGUGGUUGCUGUGGAGAAGUAUUAUCCCGUGUUGUCAGCAGUUCCAAAAAUCCAUAGCGAAAGGAGGAAAACCGUUUUAAGAGCUGCACCAUGAUUGCGACGACAAACUCAACAGAGGGUGGAACACAGACUGAAGCAAAUCAAUUAUUGCCAUGUUCUCCCUCCUCGGUAGUUGGGUUACAACAACAAUCCAUUUAUUUCUCAGCAGUUAACAUUUUCCUCUCCAUCACAGCAUUUCUCGGGAAUUUUCUAAUCCUUGCUGCCCUUAACAAGGAAUCUUCCCUUCAUCCACCGUCCAAACUCUUGUAUCGUUGUCUGGCAACAACUGAUCUGUUGGUUGGUCUUGUUUCCCAGCCUCUCCAUGCUACUUAUUGGAUGUCCUUGGUUUACGAAUACUGGACUCUUUGUGAAUACGCAAGGGGCGCAGCUUACAUAUCAAGCUUUGCAUUAUGUGGGGUGUCUUUGCUGACGUUGACAGCCAUAAGCGUGGACAGACUUCUCGCUCUGUUGUUGGGAAUAAGAUACAGACAAAUAGUAACUUUAAAGCGCACAUGUAUCAUAACCGCUACGUUUUGGAUUUUAUCCGUCGCCGGUGGAUCAUUUUUCGUUUCACGUCCCCGAAUUACCAUUUGGUAUAGUAUCAUAGGUAUACCGUCAUGCUCAGUGAUCUCAAUCGCCUCGUAUACAAAGAUAUUUCGCACUCUCAGACAUAAUCAGGCUCAAGUGCGAGAUCAUGUUCAAAAACAGCCGAGCCAAACAAAUGCACUGAACAUGGCAAGAUACAGGAAGGCAGUGAACAGUGCACUGUGUGUGCAGUUAGCAUUAGCUGUUUUUUAUGUACCAAAAUUUACAAUGCUGGUUGUGAGAACUUAUAGAAAAACUUAUCCUUUACAUGUAAUCGUUAUUGAAGCAAUAACAACUAUUUUAACAUAUUUUAACUCCACUUUGAACCCGUUUCUUUACUGCUGGAAAAUCAAAGAAGUGAGACAAGCAGUAAAGCAAACAAUCCGACAAGCACUCUGCUUUCCAUGGACUUAG